UGUAAUUUUGUUUUGCAUGGACUUUGCAGGCACGCAAUGUGAGGUGAAAAUAGUGACAAGAGUCAGAAGACAAAAGUGAGUGCAUAAAUCACAAAGAAAGGAAAAGGAAAAAGAAGGAAAAGAGCUUCAUAAUGAAAAAGCCGCCAACGAUCUUCUCCUCUGCGCUGUUGUUGAUGUUCACGCUUCCUCUGUUAUCCAUGCCCCAAACGUAGAAAAAAGGAAAAACCAAGAACAAAGACACCCCUUUUCAUUUUCUCUGCAUUCUGGAAAAUGGGUCGUCGCCUAAACGAUUCAGAUUUUGGAAGGUUCGCGCUUUUCGCCCUCUUCUUGAUUGGUGCAAUCUCCUGCUCCGCGGUGUACCUUUUCCUUACCGUGUUCGUGAGGCCCGACAGUGAAUCUCUGCCUUCGGUGGAAGAUGAGGGUCCAAAAGAAGAGCAAUGUUGCAGAGGGGUCGAGCAUUUGGAGCUUUGGGGUGACGCUGUCAAAUGGGGUUCUCAAUUUGUUUUGAAUUCCUCUGAAGAAUGUUGCAUGGCGUGUAAGAGAAUGUGUAACGGUGAUGGAGGACCCUGUUUGUGUAAUUCCUGGGUUUAUUGUGGCGAUAGAGAGGCGUGUGGAUCUAGAUUUGGUGAGUGUUGGUUAAAAAAACAACAGGAUGCUUUAAAUCCAGAUCGACGAGACUCGGGAGAUCUAGUAAUGUGGACUUCUGGGUUGGUCUUUCGUAAGGGAGAGGAAAUCGUUGGUAUGGAAACGGACCAUGGAAUUCUUCGUGUAAAACUUUUGCCCGAAUGCGCUCCAAAUUCUGUCUUCUACAUUCUUGAGCUCUUGGCACUGCCUCACUGCGUUGGUUGUCAGAUUCAUAGAGCUGAAAACCGAGGAAACUUUUGGGAUUCAAAAGGAAAUCACAUAAAAAGGACUUCAUAUGGUCCUCCUUUUGCACUUAUUCAAGGAACAUUGGGAUCUCAUGGCUCUAUUUUCAAGGAUAUUCCAAAAGAGCACUGCCCUACCAUAAGAAGAGGAUCUGUAGCAUGGGUUGGUUCCGGUCCAGAAUUCUUCAUCAGCCUUGCGGAUCACAAGGAAUGGAAAAAUCCAUACACAGUUUUUGGCUAUGUUCUAUCUGAGGAUAUGGAAAUCUUAGAGAAAAUUUCUCAGCUUUCAACAAAAUCUGAAAUUUGGAAUAGCAUUAAGAUCUCUAUCUUGGAGAACCCAGUUUCAUUACGGUUUCGAAGAAUGAACACAAAGUCUUGAAUCCUCAGUUUCAUUCAUUUGUUCUUUCAAAAUUUUCCUCAUUUGUUAAGUGAUAAGUGGUUCAAUA